UGUAGGCGGGGCGGCGGGCGCUCGGCCGGGGAUGAUGGGCAUCGCGGUCCCGCUGAGGCGCUGAACCGGGUCGCUGAGGGGUGGCCUCGAAGCGGAGCCAUGGCGGCGCUGCUGCUGCUGGUGCUGGGCCUGGAUCCGGGCCCCGGGGCGGGUGGGCGUCGUCCGGGCGGCGGCCUGGAGGAAGAGCUGGUGGCCGAGAAGGCGGCGGAGGCCAGUCACCGGCAGGACAGCGCCAACCUGCUGGUCUUCAUCCUCCUGCUGACCCUCACCAUCCUCACCAUCUGGCUCUUCAAGCACCGCCGCGCCCGCUUCCUGCACGAGACCGGGCUGGCCAUGAUCUAUGGAGUCCUGGUGGGGGUCAUCCUUCGAUACGGCAUCCACAUUCCCAGCGAUAUCAACAACGUGACUCUGAGCUGCCCGAUGCAAACGAGCCCAGCUACUUUGCUGGUCAACCUCAGUGGGAAGUUUUAUGAGUAUACCCUGAAGGGGGAAAUCAGUUCCCACGAACUCAAUAAUGUUCAAGAUAAUGAGAUGCUGCGGAAGGUAACUUUUGAUCCUGAAGUCUUUUUCAACAUUUUGCUCCCUCCAAUCAUAUUUUACGCUGGAUAUAGCUUAAAACGGCGUCACUUCUUCCGAAACCUUGGAUCCAUUUUAGCAUAUGCAUUUCUUGGAACAGCAAUUUCCUGUUUUGUGAUAGGGUCCAUCAUGUACGGCUGUGUUGCGCUGAUGAAAGUGAUGGGGCAGCUUGGGGGAGACUUCUACUUUACCGACUGCCUGCUUUUCGGUGCCAUCGCCUCCGCUACGGAUCCUGUGACAGUCCUCGCCAUAUUCCAUGAACUUCAAGUGGACGUUGAGCUCUACGCCCUUCUCUUUGGAGAGAGUGUCCUCAACGACGCAGUGGCCAUUGUGCUGUCUUCCUCAAUCGUUGCCUACCAGCCCGCCGGAGACAACAGCCACACUUUCGAUGUGACCGCCAUGUUCAAAUCCAUCGGGAUCUUCCUGGGGAUUUUCAGCGGAUCAUUCGCCAUGGGGGCGGCCACUGGCGUGGUCACUGCUCUGGUCACCAAGUUUACCAAACUCCACGACUUCCACCUGCUGGAAACAGGCUUGUUUUUCCUGAUGUCCUGGAGCACCUUCCUCUUGGCCGAAGCGUGUGGUUUUACCGGUGUGGUGGCAGUUUUGUUCUGUGGCAUCACUCAAGCUCACUAUACCUACAACAACUUGUCCACAGAAUCUCAGCACAGGACAAAACAGUUGUUUGAGCUACUCAACUUCUUGGCGGAGAACUUCAUUUUUUCCUACAUGGGGCUUACACUGUUCACGUUCCAGAACCACGUCUUCAAUCCAACCUUCGUGGUUGGGGCUUUUCUGGCAGUCUUCCUGGGAAGAGCAGCAAACAUUUACCCCCUCUCUUUCCUUCUUAACCUGGGGAGGCGAAACAAGAUUGGGACGAACAUUCAACACAUGAUGAUGUUUGCUGGCCUGCGGGGAGCCAUGGCGUUUGCCUUGGCCAUCCGGGACACAGCCACCUAUGCGCGGCAGGUGAUGUUCAGUACGACUCUGCUGAUCGUCUUUUUCACCGUCUGGGUCUUCGGCGGCGGCACCACCCCGAUGCUCUCGUGCCUGCACAUUCGGGUUGGUGUCGAUGCUGACCAAGACAACGUGGGUGGGCCAGAAACUGAGGGGCGAAGCACCAGAGCCGAGAGCGCCUGGCUGUUCCGAGUCUGGUAUAACUUCGACCAUAACUAUUUAAAACCUCUCUUGACGCACAGCGGGCCCCCCCUCACCACCACGCUCCCCAGUUGCUGUGGGCCCCUUGCAAGGUGUCUGACGAGUCCGCAGGCUUACGAGAAUCAAGAGCAGCUGAAGGACGACGAUUCAGAUCUGAUAUUGAACGACGGAGACAUCAGCCUGACGUACGGGGAUUCCAGCGGGAACUCCGAUUCAUUGCCAUCGGGCGCCUCCAGGCGGGUGGCCGGGAACGGUUCCGAGGACACCCUGGACCAGGAGCUGGGCUUCGGAGACCAUGAACUGGUCAUCCGGGGUACACGCCUCGUUCUCCCCAUGGACGACUCGGAGCCGCCUUCCGGCGUGGUUGACAACGCUCGCCACGGCCCAGCGUAAAGACCGGUUCCUUGAGACGACGCGGAGUCCAAGGAAGAGGAACCAACGACAACCAAAAUAUCCGCAGACAGUGGCGAAGAAAAACCUGGCUAUCGGUGAUUCCCCCCCUCCGAAAAAAAACCCUACCGCCCGUCUCAGGAGCGUUUGAGCUGUAUAAAUACGAUUUAUUUAUACGAUGUCAGGCCAAAUCCCCGCUGUCCGUGCAUGGCAGUUCUCGGGGAGUGAGCUGUUGAUUUUGUACGCUUAGAAGCACCCAUGUGAAAUGGAUGGGACUUGCACCAAACAGCAGUGGAACUGUCUUCGAUCCAAUUGGGCCACGGGGAACGUAGAGACUUGUAGGGCAAAGCGGCUUUGCAAAACAAGAACCUUUCCGGUUCUAUAGAAUUAUGUGUCAUUGUUGUCGUUGUUUGGGUUGGGUUUUGACCAUCCAAGUGCCCAUUUUGCUGAUGCCAGGGAAGGAGGGAAGGGAAGAGAAGGAAGGAAGGAAGGAAGGAAGGUAGGUUAAGAUUGAGCAGUGGGGAACUUAAGACGAGGUGGCCAAACUGCAGUUAGGCAGAAGAUCAAAGAAAAACCAAAGGUUUUUUUUUGCUUGAAAUCUUUUAUUUUGAAGAACAUCUCCUGGAUGUUGGACGGAUUUGGACAAAGGGGCUUCUCUUUUGGCCACCUGGCUGUCCACAUUGAAGGGAGAAUUAGCCGGACGGCAGAUGCGGUGGGCAUAACAAGCUUCUAACUUGGCAAGUUGUGUGUGUGGGUUGACAGGAGUCAACCUCCUCGGUUGUCCCAAUAGAGAAGGUUGUCCUCUUAAGACACUGGAGGUGGAUCAUUUUAUCAUUAUUUAGGUUUUCAUUUUUCUCUCGCCUGACCCCACCGCGUUUAGGGUGAGGUGCCGAAUUUACGGAGUACCUAAAUAGCUACCGUUUCAUUCUUUUUGUGCAGAGAAUUCUACAUGCGGCUUCAAGGAGCAGGUUGGAGGCACCCAAAAACGGCCGUGUCGAUUUUGAGCUUUCUAUUCUAGUGGCUGGGGUGGGGGGGUGGGAGCAGAAUUUUUUUUUAAUGGGUGCACAUCUGCAGACUAAACAAACAGCUGGAGCAGCAGCACUUGGGACUGUCCAAAAGACAAAGGUAGAGAUUUUACAGGGUUGGUGUUUUUUUUUUUAAAGAUACUUGGAACAUCUGUGCAUUUGUAUAGUUGCACUCCUUGGUAUUGGUUGCGUGAUAAUGCACAUUUGUGUGUGUGUGUGUGUGUGUCUAUAAUGGGGGAAAGAAAUUUCUGUCUCAUUGUUUACAAUUCAGUGAGAAAAAUGCCAAUAAGGCCUGUUGCUUGACGUUUGUUUUUUUUAAAAAAAAUUUCUUCACCUAGGAAAGAGCUCUGAACAACCUGCUAAUUUUUACAUUCAAGUUUAUUCAGAUUUUUCUCUUCUAACUUUCCGUUUCACUUGUUUUGGAGGAUUUUCAUCGCAUCUUUUCCAGGCACGCUGGCAGAUCCGGGUCACUUACCGACUGAACCUCAUUGCUUUCUUAUGCCGAAAACACACAAAACCAACUCUCACAUUAGAAUUUCGAAAUGCUUUUUUAAUGCCCCAUUUUAUUCUAGUUACUAACACUCCCUGUUUUUUUAAAAAAAUCCUGCUUUUCAAAAUGGGUUUCAUUUUUUUAAAGAUUAGCACAACCUGCAAGCAGCAAGCAGUAUAUAGUUUCCCUUUGGCUAGCCAUUCAAUUCACCAGAGAAAUUUAUCAUCCUAAAAUAAACCUUGUACCCCCCCACCCACCCACCCCCGGCGUGCUUUGGAGGAAAACCACGCUCCAAAAUUGUGAAAUGUUUGUAACCAUUUUGUGCCCUGGAAGCAGGCUAGGUAGCUGUAGACAUCCUGCAUUUCAGCCUAUAAAGUAUAACUUUGCAUGUGUGCCUUUUCUUUUUUUCUUUUUUUCAUUUUCUUUAAAACGAGAACUUUUGAGCUGAGAUUUUUUUCUUCCCCUCCAGAACAGAAAAACGGAAUUGCUUCAUCUUUUUAAACCUUAAAGAAGAUUGGCUGUGCUGGACUUUUCCCCCCUUCUUUUGGUCCAGCAAGGAACCGAUUCCAUUUCAGCCACGUAAACAGAUUACUUUUUGUUUUCCAAAAGUUUCCGGUCUGAAUUAACUUUCUCCAAGUCUCCUUCAGAAUAAUUUUGGGGACCUGCCCAAGAAUGGUGAGCUCUAUUCCUUCCCUUUUGGUUGCAUUCUGCUUUCAUCGUGUCCCACCCACCUUUUUCAAGAGUCGCCCCAAUUCUGUAGUGACACCACUUGCCUGAGAAGUGUCAAACUUCACUGCACUGGAAAAAUAAGAUUUUUUCCCCCCUUUCUCUCCCAAACUUACUUCGUUAGGUAACAUUAGGUCUUUUAUUAUUUUUAUUAUUUUUUCCUGCUAUGCAGGAACGUCAUUCAAUAUAUGUGAAUGCAUGUUGUGCUUCUAUAUAAUGUCUGUAUCUUAAUGUCCGAUGUUAAAAUAAUAAUAAUAAUAACAAUAGUACUAUUGCUAAUAAUAUGAGAAAUGUUCAUGUGAUAACGCUUCGGUUUCCAAUGUUUCUAAGCAACUAAGCUAGUGAUCUUUUCAGCCUGAUCAGUCAUGGAGUUUGCAGACUUUUCUGCAUCAGAAAAAUGUAGAAUUUUGUCAAGGAGACAUAACUUUGUCUGAAAUGGGGGAUCACCCUUCUGCUCCGUCCUCCCCAAUUUGGAAGAUUUGCAGACUCCGCUACCAGUUAAAGUUUCUUGUUUGUAAAUCAUGACUUAAGGCCCCUUGUGGAACUACAGUUCCCAGCAGCCUCAAAUGCCAGGCUGGGAAUUAAGAGUGCACCAACAUCUGCAAGGUGGCAGGCUGUGCCCUUAUGUGGGCUUCAGCAACAUCUGGAAGGCCCCAUUUUGUCCUGCUUGGAGGCCGCCUUCGCUCAGAACCAUAAGUAAAACAAGGUCCCUUGCGAUUUUGGGUUGUGUGCCUAAAUCUGGUGUCUUAUCGGCAGGUAAUAGAUUAAAAGUGGGGCUGACAAGUUUAGGGAGAUCCUAGAUCCCAAGGGAAUCGGUUCUGCUUUGCUGCCUUAAACUGGACAAAAGAGGGAAGCCCCCACGCCCAACUCCUUGGUUGUGCCUCCUCUACCCUCAAGUGCAAGUUGUGCAGUGCCAAACUAUUCCCGUAAGCACCACCUCACACGUUUUGUUAUUUAUUUAAAGCAGCCACUUGCUAAUGUGUGUUGAGGAGCGAGGACUUGUGAUGUAACCGUAGGUUGCAGUGCAACCUGGUUUAGAAACCUGGCAGAGACCUCUUGGUUUCAAAAAGCAAGCAGAUAGUUCCCGGUGGUCCAUUGGAGAGGACAUCCUUGUGACAUCUUCUUGAGAAGGUGUCCUCCUAACGGGAACUCCUUGCAUUCAUUCUUUCCUGAAACCUACAUUUAAGAAUGUAGGUUUGUUACAAGCUCCUUUGGGGAAAAGGCAACCUGAUCUUCAGACAAACCCACCCCUCUCUGAGACCAAAAUUCUGCAUCUUUGAGAAUUUCUCUUUCUAAACGUAAUAAUAAUACACUCCCUAGUUUUUCAGGCAAGUUUGCCCUUAAGGCAUCAUAACAACCACCACAUCACUCCAGACUUCGAAUGCCUGGGAUAGUUUUCAACUGCUGGUUGAGUUGGGAGAUGGAUCCCAGGUUUCAUGGUAAUCGAGAACGCUGACACCAACUGCGGUUCCUCCAGGAUGAACCACAAUCUGCCAGAAAUGAAGCACGGCGUUGAUAAGUGCCCAUUUCUUUUUUCGGUGCCGCAAGAAAAGCAGUUCCCUUGUGCUUAAUUUCUCUCGUGUGUCUAGUGCCCUGUUCCUAACACGACCUCAAAAAAGUGGGGAUUUAUAAGCUUGUGACUCCAGCUGUGGGUUUAAAAUCAGUUUCCCUCAAAAUACGCUUUUUUUUUUUCCUCUGUAAAGAUUCGAUUUCUGCAUCGGUGACAUUGUAUGUUCAAGUUCUAGUGUUCUCGAUUUACUGUUGAAUUUGUCUCUUUUUAUGGUAUUAACUGCUGUAGUUGUGGCAUUCUUGUAACGAUAACCCUUGAGCAUAAUAAUUGCACCUUUCUUUUUGGUUGAUGAUAACUCAAAUCCUUUAUUGUUACUCGCACUGUAAAAGAAAUCAUGGGCCUAUAAAAUAAGUGUCUUUGAAAGGGAUGCGUCUUCAUGGUUUUUCACUCCAUGCGGCAAAUGUGCUUUUAAACGUUAUUUUUCGACCGGUUGGACUUCGUUGAGGGUUUUUUAAAGUCACGUUUUGUCUUGCAGCUGUAAAUCUCAUACCACUGAAAGAAGUAAGGACGUGUAAAGUGGAAAAGGAAGAAGUAUCAGUAUUCUGUACAAUAACCCUAUCGUAACCUAAUUAUUUAAAUAAAUAAAACAGCUUCUUUAUCAA